GGGGUGUUUUGUUUUAUUGUAUUUUCUUUGAUAUGAUUAAUAUGUUGCAUAUAAAUUUAACAUUUAAUAAAAACUUAUUUUUUAAAAAAAGUCAACAUUCUUCUAAGCUUCCAGCGAAUGGCGAGAAGAGGACGGGGAACAGCCAGGCGGCGCAGCAGCAGCAGCCUUCCAGCUGUCGCGAGAGCCCACGAGGCCCGAAGUCUGCCGCGGUCUGUCAAACGCAUCACUCGGAGGCGGGACUUCCUGGUGUCCCGUCCUAUCGGAGACCGAAGGCUCUGACUGGGCCGCAGCCGCCUGUCUUUGGGCGGGAAAAUGCGAAACGGAGCCCAGGGUCACCGCUGAGGCAAAUCUCGAACGCGGUGCCGAGUCUCGGAGCGGGAGCCUGGCCACCCGGCGGGGCGGAGCGCCGCUCUCCCCGUCUGCCGUCGCGCUCUCAGACGGUCGGUCUCCCCCCUGUGUCGUCACCGCCCCCCGCCCCGUCCGCGAGAGACCCCCCCCAGUAACCGGAAGUCGGUCGGCCCGUUCUCUCUCGCGCAGUUUAGUUCUCGCGAGAGCCUCGCACUCGGGGUAGGAGGAGUCGGGGAAGAUGGCGGCGACGACGGCGAUCUCUCUGGUGAGCUAGUCGCUCCUCAGCCGGCGGGUGAGGGCUAGGCGGGCGGGAAGGAGGGUGGGCGGCGCGGAGAAUACCCCGCCGUCGUGCUCGGGGCGCGGGGGCGCCGCCGCCGAAGUGCCCCCGCCUGAGCCUCAGAGUUAUCCCGGCGCGGGCAGCGGGCGCGGGGGGGGGAGAUGGCGGGACUACAUCCCCCAGCAUGCCCCGCGCCUCUCCCGCCCGGCGCACGGGGCCACAGUUGCCGCGGCCGAUGGGGCGCGUAGUUCUUGGCCUCCCAGUCGCUGAGGAGAAGCCAGCGCUCCGGGGUAUUCGAGGGAGGGAGGAGAAGGAGACCUCCUGGCGCAUGCGCAUCUGGAGGGCGCGCGCUGACUGCCGCAGCGAAGGGAUCCCGGCCCCCCGGGAGGAGCGGCCCUUUCCGUGGCCCCGCCUGGAGGGGGGACGGAAGGCACGCUUCUCACUCCCCCCCCCCCACUAAUUAGCGGCGGAGGAAAUGCUUCCUCCCCGGGGCAUGGCGGGACUUGUCUCUUGCCCCCCCUUAGUCAGCCGCUGGCGGCAUCCCCGGCUCUAGAGCGAAGCCGUUAUCAGGUGCGGGGGGGGGGGGAAGCCCCCUCGCCAUCUGCAGGAGCAGCGGCGGAAACUACGGAACUCAUUCCCGCAGCAGGGGAGGCUGGACACCUGGGUGGCUCUAAAAGAGGAUUGGGCGAAUUGACGGAGGAGGAGGAGGGGUCUAUCGAUGGCUACAAGCCAGGAUGCUUAUUCUGUGUCCUGGAGGCAGCAGUGCUUCUGAAUGCCAGCUGUUGGAAACCACAUAAGGGGACAGUGUCCUGCUUGCGCGUUUCGCUUUGGGGGAAGCUGGUUGGCCACUGUGAGAAGAGGAUGCUGUGCUGAGCCAGGAUCCUAUGUUUUUAAGAUGUUGCACUCCAGACCCCCCUUUAUUUGCUGUGUAUUUGUGUCCUGACCCCCCCCCCCUUCCAGCACUGUCUGCACCUGCAAGAGUUCUGGAGCAAACUGUCAUGGCAGGUCCUACCCUUUUCUGUUACCACACAUGUCGUAGGUUGCUGUUUUUUCUCCUUCUUUUGUGGUGCUAUAACACAGGCAUGUCGCUUCCCAAGCAGUGAUAACGUGGUAACAGUGGAAAAAUUUCACAGAACAGCUGAAGAAGUGAAAUGAUGUUUGGACCGGUUUGGCUUUAAUAGAGUCACAAGCAGAGGCAGCAGUGCUUCUGAAUACCAGUUGCUCAAAACCACAGGAGGGGAGAAAGCUCUUGUGCUCAAAUCCUGCUUGCAGACUUCCCAGAAGAGGCAUCUGGUUGGCCUCUGUAAGGCCAGGAUGGGCCUCAUAGACUAAUCCUGCAGGAGCAUUCUUAUGACAGUCUGGUAUAAAUGUACCUCCAACUUGAUAGGUUGCACCUAUGUUACUAAGUCAUUGCCACAAGAUGCGCUUGUGCCUGGCUCAGGUGCUUGUAAAAGGGGAGUAGCUAGGUAGGUGAGAGUGGAACACCGGAUUACAUGGAACCACUUGCUCUAAUCCUGCAGUCACCAUCAGUUCACUUGUUAGUCCUUGUGUUAGUGCUCCCUCCCAAGGCUGCCUUUCUCCUUUGUUAAGAGGAAAGUCUACCUACCAUCCUCUUGUUUUUGUCCUCAACCUCUUUCAGUUUAUCUGGAAGGUCUUUAAGGAAAUCCUCCUGGACCGCUUUCCUCGCACCUUUUCAAGCUCCCAGUCAAGUCAUAUAUUUGCCCAACCUUUGCCCUCCUGUGAGGGUAGACCAUACUGAGUUAGGUGGAUCAGUUGUCUCCCUUGAUCUGCUUCUGGUGUCCUGCAAGGUAGCUUCUGGCCUGUCUCUCUCAAAACACUUUGCGUGCCUCCAUCUCACCUUCUGGGUCACCAUGCCAGCCCCCUUCUCUGCAUGCUACUUUAAGGAUCCUGUGUGCAUCUUGAAGACAAGGUGCUUUGUAGAUUGCCACUCACUUCCUUGCCUCCUGGAUCUGGUUACAUGUUCAGGGUUGCCAUAUGUUCUGAACAAUUUGGGUGAGGGCCCCACAGUGUGUAAAGCAGCCACAUCUCUCUCUGUCUUGAGUGGUUUGGAAACUUCCACAGGAUAUGUGCAGCUCUUAUACGAAAGUGAAAUGUUUUUGCUCUGUGCUGCUGCACAGCAGCCUCCUUUGCUGUUCCAACAAGUAUUUGCCUGAUGAGACCUCUGGGUGUUGCAGUUGCUGCAUUACCACAUAUGUGGCUAAGCAGUGGGGGUCCUUUCUGAGUGCUGCUGCUGGGCUGUGGGGCCAUGUGUGCAUCCUUGAACUAGAGCUUGUUCUUCAGAGGCACUCUGGAAAGUUGGAGGGUGGCAGCAGUGGUGAGGAUACAAUGGCAACACAUCGGGAUCACAUGGCAGCCUUUUGGGAUGGGGUGGGCAAUCACUCCUAGAAGAAGAAAGCUGGGUUCUCUGAGGGAGGCUCAGAGACUUUCCCUCUGUCUUCUCAUUGCUCUCCCUGCUGAAGCAGCACAGACUUUCCCUGCAGCACUGCUCAGGCCUGGCCACCUUUUAUGAGUGUCUCUUUCGUUGCAGGGCACAGAGACCGUCAAGGUAGAAAAUGGACAAAGCACAGCAGCCAAGUUGGGACUCCCUCCUCUCACCCCAGAGCAGCAGGAGGCUCUUCAGAAGGUGAGUGGACCAGCAGGGGCCUUGCGGCUUGCCUGCUUUUUCUCCCUCUCAAGGCUAGCUGUAAUGAGGCUAGAAAGCAUCACAGCUCAUGGGGAGUAGAAGGCAGGCUAGCCCGCUCCUCCAUCCCUAGAUGUCCACUUGGUGCGUCUAGGCCCCCUUGGCAAACAACUCCAAUAGCUUUGAAGGUGAUGGGGGGUGGGUCUUGAGCUUCUCAGUCAGCAUUGGGCAACAGCCACUGACUACCAACCUGUCGAUGGAGGGGAACUGGUCUCAGGCAGGUGGGCUCUGGAGGAGGAGGGGGUAGUCCUCUGUGCUUGCAGUGCUGGGAAAUGCCUCACACUUUGAGGAUGCUGGUGUGGCACACCCAGUUUGUUGUCGCUGCGGAUGUCUGUUCUGUGACUCUGGGCUUUCUGUCCCCUUCAGGCCAAGAAGUAUGCAAUGGAGCAGAGCAUCAAGAGUGUCUUGGUGAAGCAGACUAUUGCCCACCAACAGCAGCAGCUCACCAACCUUCAGGUGAGGCACCACCCAGGGAAGCCCUGCCUUUGCCUCUCCCUCCUCCCCCCUCCCCCAAGGUGGAUCCCUUUAUGCACUUAGAGCCACUGCACAGCCCUCAGAUGUGACUGGAGCCAGGUACUUUAGCUUCCAUUUCCGCUGCGAAAUUGGAGUGUGUUGUAUUCCCUCCCCCCCCCCCCCCGCUAGCUCCCAGGCCCACACACUUGCUUGCAUUCAUUGCCUGGGUAGGGGAAGCUUAGCUGCUGAAGGAGGAGAGCUGGGCUCCCAGCUGGGAGUCCUGCUGUUGGCCUGCCUAGAAGGGGGUGCCUGGGGUUGCUGGGUACAUCGUCCUCACACUGACAGGGGUAGGGAGUGGCAGUCGCCUUACAGUGCAAGAGGGGUCUGUAGCUGCUGGUGAAGCCCUCUUGCUCAAGAGCCACAGAUUGUGGGUGGGGGCACUGGGGCCAGGCCCUUUGGGCAGCUCUGGGUUACUGGGUGGGGGCACCUCCCUCCAAUUAGGCAGCUGUUGAGGGUCAAAGAGGAGCCCCGCCUGUCCUGAAACACCCCCCUCGCUCCCUGGGGCUGGCAGGGGCUGUGCAGCGAGGAGGUGGAGGCGGCAGCGGCAGGCAAGCAAGGAGGAAAGAAGGAAGGAGAGGCCUCUUCCACUUGAGUUUUGACGAAAAGCCGUCGUAUGCUCAGCUCCCACAGACUGAACUCUGUCUUUACUGUCUUUCAGAUGGCAGCAGUGACAAUGGGCUUUGGAGAUCCUCUCUCACCUUUACAAUCGGUCAAUAGACACAUUCACUUCUUCUGGGGCACUUGGUCUUAGUCAGGGCCUAGCACAGGGGAGGACGUAGCUGUGGCCUCCCCCUCCCUCCCUCUCCCUCCACAUACCCACCUGCUUUGGACACGCCCCACCAACCCAGGCCAAGUGUUAGCUCCCCAGAGGAAGGAAGACCGUGGGCUGGGGGCAGCCGGGGCCGUUGGAGGCAUUGGGCAGAGAGAGAAAGAGCGAGAGAGCUUUAGAGCCAAGCAGCUGGGAGAGCCACCUCUCUAGGGAUGCUGAGGUCCUGACCUAAAAGUAACUGCCAAGGUAACUCACCAGUGGGCCAGCACGGGACGCGAGAGGCCUGGCUGCUGGGUGUUGGGGCAGUGAAGGCCCCUCUGGGCAAGUUGGACUGCUCUCCCGGGAGAACACUGCUAGGACAGUGUUUACGGGGGUGGGAGAGAGAGAGGUGGCAGUUGCCAGUCCUCCCUCUGCCUCGCCAUGCGCAGGGCUCGGGCUGGUAGGGCACCCGCCCCUGCUCCUGUAGCUGGAGCCUAAGCACUGCACAGACCUCCUCCAGCUGUACUGAGGCACGGCAGGGUUAGCCUGAGCGCUUGGCAGGGCCUGGACUCCUGCCAGGCCCUUGUGCCACACUGUGCCUGGGCAUGGGGUGGGGGUGGAGCUUGCUGAGGCACCCCGGUUACUGCUGCGUGGUGGACAGGGAGGCAGAAGACAGACUGAGCCCUCCAGGAGCCGUUGAAGAGUCCGGCCUUUGAGCACAGAAGGGCAGAAAUGCCCUUGAGGGCUGGCCUCUGGAUUUGACGGAGGGUACCGGCCGCUCUUCUGGGGCUGGGAGCCUGGGUUUAGCUUAGCAUUGGUGGGGCAAGGUCUCCACGGGAGCGAGUAACUGGCUGGCGGCCUUGCAGUGCACCUGGCCACCCACCCGUGGCACCUCAUAGGAGCUGCCCGUCGCUUCCCUGCUUAUGUUGGGAGGGGAGCAGGCAGCCCAGGUGGCAGGUCCUGGGGCGGGCUGGGGAUGGUUGUCCUCGCCCCCACGUGCUUCCCUUGCGAGUGCAUGCAGCAUCUCUCCCUAACUCUUUGCUCUGCUGGCUCCUGAAUGCUGGGAGGUGUGAUGAGGUCCUCGAGGUUGCCCUGUGGCUCUAGUUUCCUUGGUCUGCAGCUGGGAGCCCCAUUCCAGAGAGGGGGCCCUUUGCUGGCCCCACAGGCCCCAGACCGGCUCACUUUGCAUAGGGAAGGCAGGCUUGGCUUCCAGCUGUCCACUGCCUCACCCAUGCAGUUCUCUUCUAGCAUGGUCUUCAGCCUCUGUCCCAAAGAGAGGGAGGGAGGGAGCAAUGAAGGAAGGAGUGAUCAGGGCGGGCCUUAUUUGCGUCCUUUUGGUCUCCUGGAUCAUGCAGGCUCCUUCCUGCCAGGGAAGCGUUGCGGGGCCCCUUGGGGGCCCCAGGGCAGCCCUGACCGUUGCACAAAGUCCAUGUGGCUCUGGGCAGCCAGUGCGUGUCCCUGGCCAUUGGACUCUCCUCUCCCCACCUGAUCCCAGAGAGCAGUUCCUUCUGCUGGCCCCAUGUGCAGGCGCGGGAGUGCAACUGCUUCCGGGUCCGGCUGGGUUUCCACAGUAGCCUUGUGUGCCACUGCAGGCCAGCAGCUGGGUGGUGGCAAACCUGGGAUUGGACGCCAGCUGAGGGUGUCUGGCUCAGGGCUCCAGCCAAGACAGUAUGUGGAGGGGAGGGGCAGGGAGACGCAUGACUACGGCCCGUGCUUGGGACAGCAGCCCGUUCUUUGGAGCGCAGGCAACGGAAAUGACCCCUUCACGUGGACUGUUGGUUGUUUCCGAUGGGGCCUGUCUUGGGGGAUGAGGGUUUUGUCAGGUGAAGACUGAAGCUGGAUCUCUUGCUGCCCCAUGGGAGGUGGUUGACCCCUUUCUGUCUGCAGUAGGAUGUGGCAGGUUCCUCUUGCAGGAGUGAGAUGAGAUGGCUUGGGUGGGCCAGGCUGGGCUGGGGCUGCUGAGACUCGGAGCUUCCCUUCGCUGCUGGGGGGUGUUGGGGGCGGGAAAGGAAAGUGGGGUUGUUGGGGAAGAGCUGUCCUUGCCCCUCCAGCUACCCCCCAAGCUGACCAGCCAGACCUUCUCUCUGAUACAGAUGGCAGCCCAGAGGCAGCGGGCUCUGGCCAUCAUGUGCCGGGUCUACGUGGGCUCUAUUUACUAUGAGCUUGGAGAGGACACGAUCCGUCAGGCCUUUGCCCCCUUCGGCCCCAUCAAGAGCAUCGACAUGUCCUGGGACUCUGUGACCAUGAAGCACAAGGUUGGUGCUGCUGUGUUGCAGCCAGUUGGGUGAGCCCCUUCAGGAGGGGCGCGGCGCGAGGACCCUGGCAUGGGUUGUGAACAACACUCUCUCCCCCUCCUUCCUUGCAGGGCUUUGCUUUUGUGGAAUAUGAGGUGCCUGAAGCUGCUCAGCUGGCCCUGGAGCAGAUGAACUCCGUCAUGCUGGGGGGACGGAACAUCAAGGUACACACAAGUGCCAGCAGGUAGCUCUCCCUGGCCCUGACAGGGUGGUGUUGCUGCCCGUUUGACUGCCUCUCGGUUCACUUGUUUCGGUUUUCUCCCUGCCAGGACAGGACAGGACUCUGCAGGCAUGGAAGCCCCAUGCUGACUCCCUCCCCCUAUUGGAAAUCUGCUUUGGUGCCCACCCCCCGCUCACCUGGAUUUUCAGCAGGGGCUGGACUCCCUCACCUCCAAGCACACCUCCCCUCCCCUCUGGCCCGUUAGUUGCCUGCUUGUUGUCCAGAGGGAAGCAGUCACUUGUACCCAGCGCUGUCUUCUGGGGGGCUCCCUGCAGAAUUGUGUGUGCAGCAGUGUCGGGAGAGUGUUGGGUGGGUGGCAUGCAUGUCUGUCCCCCUCGAGGCAAGGGGCGUCUGUUGGGCAAGCCAGGCCAGUGGUCCCUGAGAGGCUGCCCUCCAGGCCUCGCCUGCGCCUCUGACAAAAGCCCUUUGCUUGCAGGUGGGGAGGCCCAGCAACAUUGGCCAGGCCCAGCCCAUCAUCGACCAGCUGGCGGAGGAGGCACGGGCCUUCAACCGCAUCUACGUGGCCUCAGUUCACCAGGACCUUUCGGAUGAUGACAUCAAGAGUGUUUUUGAGGCCUUUGGGAAGAUCAAGUCCUGCACGUUGGCCCGGGACCCCACGACAGGGAAGCACAAAGGCUACGGAUUCAUUGGUAAGUGGGCUGUCAGUGGAGAGGGCAAACUCCACUCUGGUAUGGGGCAGCUGCCCUCUAAUCGCCAUCUUCUCUUCUUGCAGAAUAUGAGAAGGCACAAUCUUCGCAAGAUGCUGUCUCGUCCAUGAACCUCUUUGACUUGGGGGGCCAGUACCUCCGAGUGGGCAAAGCUGUCACGCCCCCUAUGCCGCUCUUGACUCCUGCCACUCCAGGAGGCUUGCCCCCAGCAGCAGCAGUCGCAGCCGCUGCUGCCACAGCAAAGAUCACAGCUCAGGUAAGAAGUGGAGUUGAGCAUUAGCAUUGAGCCGUGUGUGCUGCUCCGUGGUCUGGGUUUUGCAGGCACAGGUUGCACACAUGUGCACACAUCUCUUCCAUCACAUUCUUGCACCUGCCUAGAGCAUCUCUAGGGGCUGGAGUGACCUGCUUGGACUCUCUUGUUUCGGACUGCCAUGAGUGCUGGUGGGUGUAGCGCUGAAGACAGUUUGUGGGCCCCUCAAGCCUCUUUGGGUGCUUGGAAAAGGAGGGCCAGGGCUCCUUGGGCAGGUCUGAUGUGGUGCUGUUGCCUUUCCUUCCGUAGGAAGCUGUGGCAGGUGUGACAGGAGCUGCCGUCCUCAGCACGUUAACAACUCCAGGGCUGGUGACGCCGGCACUGACCUUAGCACAGCCCCUGGGCGCUUUGCCGCAGGCUGUGAUGGCUGCCCAAGCACCAGGUGUAAUCACAGGUGAGUCUGGAGACAGGGCGCUGAAAGUCUCACAUGCUGGGUGUGGAGGUGAGGGUGGCCCUGGCAUUUGGAGGCUGGAGGUCUUCCUGAAUUUGUUGAAUCAUCUUUUUAAAGCCUUCAGCGAGUUCCAUAGGUGUGUUGUGUGGAGAAGUCGUUCCUUUUGUGUCCUGAACCUGCUGCCAGUCUAAUUUCAUUGGAGAACAAAAAUAACUUUGUUUGCUCUCACUUCUCCACACCAACAUUCUUUUCUGUGUUUUCCCAUCAUGUAUCUACACUAAAGUAAGCCAACAACCUUCUAAACAAGAUGCUCCAGCCUUUUCAUCAUCUUGCUUGUCUUUUUCUCCACCUGCUUCAGUUCCAUGAUGUUCUUUUCAAGAUGAGGCAUCCACAGCAUCUCUGUAUGAUGGCUGUUCUGGUUUUGAUUUCCUGAAAUGGCCCUUUUCUCUGCUGCUUAAACGCUGCUCACAUUGCUCAUGAAACCCGAUGUGUUUAUUGUGACUCAAGCAGGACAUGUAAAGUUUCACUAACCUUUUAGAGUUCUUUGCAAGUGUAAGCAAGCCUAUAGAUAGAGGUGGUCCAGUCAGCAUUGUGCAUUGAACCUUUGGAAAAGCUGAUGGUAAAGUCUCUCAUUAAAUACUCCAGAAUAAGUUUAGCGGUCAUGGGGUCAGAGGGCAGGUUUGUAGCUUAUUAAGGAAGAGGAAGCAGAGAGUAGAACCAAUGUAGGAGGUGGAGUCACCCGAGGAUUAGUAUUGGGAUGGGUGCAUUUUAAUUUACUCAUUAGUUAGGUGCAAGCAGUGAGGUGGCUGUUUGCUGGUGAUGCCAAAUGUUCCAAGUUGAUUAAAAUGAAAAGGGAUUGUGAGGAGCUGCAAAAUGAUCUCUCCAAACUGUUAAAUGGGUUUUAACAUGGCAAAUGCAAUUCUGUUCAGUCAAAGGGAAAGUUAAGUACAUUGGAGCAAAAAAUCUUAAAUUCAUACAUAGGCUAAUGGGGUCUGAACUGGCAGUGACUGACCCAGGACCAAGACCUUAGGGCUGCAGUGGACAGCUCAGUGAAGAGCUUGGCCCAGUGUGUGGCAGCUGUAAAAAGGCAAAUUCCAUGCUAGGGAUCAUUAGGAAAGGAACUGAAAGUAAAACAGCUGAUCUCAUAAUGUUGUUACAAAAAUCUAUGGUGUGACCACAUUUGGAAUACUGUGUCCAGUUCUGGUGGCUUCACCUCAAAAGGAUAUUGUAGAGAUGUCAAAGGUUUGUUGGCUUAUAAAAGUACCGUAUUUUUCGCUCCAUAGGACGCACUUUUUCCCCUCCAAAAAUGAAGGGGAAAUGUGUGUGCGUCCUAUGGAGCGAAUGCAGGCUUUCGCUGAAGCCUGGAGAGCGAGAGGCAUCCGUGCGCACCGACCCCUCUCGCUCUCCAGGCUUCAGGAAGCUAUCCGCAAGCCUUGCAAGCCCGGUGGGAGUUCCCGCGGGCUCACAAGGCUUGCAGGCAGCAGCCUGCAGCCCCGGCGAGUGUCCGCAAGCCUUGCGCGCCCGGCAGGAGGUCCCGCCGAGCGCGCAAGGCUUGGGGCGGCAGCCUGUCGCCCGAAGCACGGGGAGCCCUCCGGAGGGCUCCCCGUGCUCGGGCGAGUGUCUGCAAGCCUUGCGCGCCCGGUGGGAGGUCCCGCCGAGCGCGCGAGGCUUGGGGCGGUAGCCUGCAGCCCGAAGCACGCGAGGCUUGGGGCGGCAGCCGCAGGGGGGGGGGGAUAAUUUUUUUUAUUCAUUUCCCCCCCCCAAAAAAACGAGGUGCGUCCUAUAGAACGGAAAAUACGGUACUUUUUAACCACUAUAUCAUAAACAACCGGGGCGGUGUAUAAAGUUCAGAAAAGGGCGAACAACAUGACCAAGGGGCUGGACCAGCAGCAGCAUUUGGGGCCUUCCAGUAUAGCGGGGGAAAGAGAAGUCUGGGAAACAUCAUAGAAGUGUAUUAGGCAUGCAUUAAUUGGAGGAAGUGGGAAGGACAAGGUUUUCUUCUGGCCGCGUAAUGCCAGAACCCAGUGAGGUCUUCCAAAGAAGUUGCACGUUUAGGACAGAUUCAGGUACUUUUUCAUACUGUGAAUAGUUAAACUAUGCUAUUUGCUCCCACAAAAUGUCGUGUUGGCGGGUGGGUAAGGCUACUAGCCAUGCUCUGUGGCUACUAGCCAUGAUGGCUCUGUGUUCUGCCAUCAGUGCCUGAAGCAGUAUUCUUCUAAAUGCCAGCUGCUGGGAAUCUCAGAGAGGGAGAGCACUGUGGGCUUCCCCUCCAGAGACAUCUGCCUGGCCACUGAGAGCAGUGUGCUCCACAGGCCUUUCUUAUUUUCCAGAAGGGCUCUCCUUGUGAAAACAGGUAAUUCCUGCCUUUUGCUUCCUGUCUUUAAACCAUUCAGUUAAAUAAUGCAUAAGAGGAUUUGACCUCUUUCUCAAGAGCCGUUGAUGAGGAAGUUUGUUGAAAGCCAUCUACAUAUUUGUUGCUAUUCUCAAAGAAUUCUAAAAUGUUGGUGAGACAGGACUUCUUAUUGCAGAAGCCAUGCUGGUUCUUCCUCAGCAAGGGUUGUUCUUCUGUACAUUUGACAACUGUAGCCUUGCAUAUAUGUUUUCUACCAGCAAAGCCUGGUUUGGGGGACAGAUCAUGUCAGGGGAUGCAUUUGCCUAGUGCAAGAAGUCACUAAUUUCUUGCAGCCACCCUCUCCCCAGAUGCUUGCAGCACAUCAGUUUCAUGCACCUCCAGAAUCACUUGUUAAUCUCAUGCUACAACUUGGAGGUACUUUGUAGCCUUUGUACUUCUGGGGAGAGUCUCAAAACAACCUCAGUUCAAGGUGUUUUGUCCCUUUGCCCACACCUGUUGGAGAUAGGGGUGAGCAAUGAAGUCAUGUUUGUAGAUGAUGGGACAUUAAUUCAUUUACUCUGUGUACAACUCUGGCCACGUUACCACAAACAAGGUACUGUAGAGCUGGAACAGAAAUGUUUCGGGCUUUGUAGUAUUGAAAUGUGAGCAAGGAGGCAUAUGAGGGGUUUUUGAAAUGAUUUCAUGGCAUAGAGAAAGUGGACUGAAAGCAGUUUUUCUUCAUUGCAAUAAUAAUUUAGAUUACCUUAGCAAGAGGCAUGGGUAGUAGGUUCAGCAGAGAUAAGAGGGGACUUAAUGGAAUAUGGAACUCGCUGUUAGAAGGCAUCCAAUGACCAUAUUUCCUUUAAUAGAAGAUUUGGUGUAGGCCAGCUUUCUCAGUGACUAUAAGCUAUGAUGGUCAUUGAACCUUCACAAAUAUUGCAUGUUGUGGAGUGUAUGCCUGCCUUGUGAUUUUUCAAAGCAGCACAAUUUCUUUGAAAAACUGGUUGCUGGACUAGGUGGGCCUUUGAUCUGAUUGAGCAAGGCUGCAUUCAGGAGGAUUGGGAAGCUGCUUUGUAUCAAGUCAGAACACAACCCUAUACAUAGCCCAGUAUUGUCUUUUCUGACUGGCAGACAAGGACUCCAAGAUCUUGGGCAGAGAAAGAGGUAGAACAGUUAGUGGUAGAGCAGCUGCUUUGCAUGUAGAAGGUUCUAGCUUCAACCCCUGUCAUCUCCAGUUAGAACUGAAAGAGGCCUCUGCCUGAAAUACUUGAAAGCUGCUGCUGCCAGCCAGUGUAGACAGUCCUGAAGUGGAUGGAUCCAGUGGCCUGACUUGGUAUCAGGGCAGCUUGCUAUGUUCCUGAAUCAGAGCUCCCUCCCAUGAUCUGUCAUUACUGCAUUCUCCCAGGUGGUGUUUGGCCUCCCCCUUUUUGGGUGCCCUGCUCCUUGGCUAGGGGAGGGAGGGAGGGUCCUGGAGCAUAUGAGUUGCCUGGCACUGCUCUUGCUCAUGCCUUGGUCUGUUUCUUUCCCUUCAGGCGUGACCCCUGCUCGCCCACCCAUUCCCGUCACCAUUCCCCAGGUGGGUGUGGUGAACCCCAUCUUGGCCAGCCCCCCAACACUGGGCCUGCUAGAAGUAAAGAAGGAGAAGGAAGAGGAGGAAGUUUUCCAGGAGUCUGAGAGGCCAGAAAUGCUCAGUGAGCAGGAGCACAUGAGCAUCUCUGGCAGCAGCGCCCGUCACAUGGUCAUGCAGAAGCUGCUUCGGAAGCAGGAGGUGAGUUGGGGCCAGGGCAGUGAACUUAGCUGCACUUGGCUUUCUGCCUUGGGACUGGGAGGAGAAGGGACAGGACACGAAAUGUGGUAGAAGGUGGUGCAGGGUGAGAUUGACAACACCCUUUGGCUGGGGUGUGGGGAGCCAGCUACCAGAUGAUUUCCCCACCCCAGAGUGGGUAGGGAGGGGUCUUGUGGAGUUGUGACAUUUUGCUCUCCUUUUCUCCUGGCAGUCAACUGUGAUGGUCUUGCGCAAUAUGGUGGACCCCAAAGACAUUGACGAUGACUUGGAAGGGGAAGUGACAGAAGAGUGUGGCAAGUUUGGGGCUGUCAACAGGGUCAUCAUCUACCAAGAGAAGCAGGGCGAGGAGGAGGAUGCUGAAAUCAUUGUCAAGAUCUUUGUUGAGUUCUCCAUGGCCUCAGAGACGCACAAAGCCAUCCAGGCGCUGAAUGGCCGCUGGUUUGCUGGCCGGAAGGUGGUGGCCGAGGUGUAUGAUCAGGAGCGAUUUGACAACAGUGACCUCUCCGCAUGAACUCUGCUCCAGAGAGACUUUGUUAUUGUUCUCCUCAACCCCCUUUGUGUUCAGGGAUGCUUCUGGGCCAGCAUCUCUUGCUCCUGUCAUGUAUUUGUAGUUUCGGAUAAAAGUGCAAGGAGAAAAACCUUU